AUGUCCGCUCAGAACUGCUCUCUUCCCAGAGAUAAGGGUCACAUCCUGCAGCUCUGCGCUCAGUCGCCUCUUGACGUAGAGUUCGGCGCGGACCGUAAACACACGCGGUGGUCAUCAGACGGUCCGGUGUCCGAGGACCGGGCUACAUCCAAACUGGAGACGCAGAUGUCUCUCGUGGACCUGGGCAAGCGCCUCCUUGAGGCCGCCCGCAAAGGUCACGACGACGAAGUGAGAAACCUCAUGGCCAACGGCGCCCCCUUUACGACCGACUGGCUGGGCACCUCUCCCCUGCACUUGGCUGCGCAGCACGGCCACUACUCAACCGCAGACGUGCUGCUGCGCGCCGGCGUGAGCCGUGACGCUCGCACCAAGGUUGACCGCACCCCACUGCACAUGGCGGCCUCAGAGGGACACGCUGUCAUCGUGGAGCUGCUCGUGAGGAGUGGAGCAGACAUUAAUGCUAAAGACAUGCUGAAGAUGACGGCGCUGCACUGGGCGGCGCAGCAUGGGCACCAGAGCGUGGCGGAGACCCUCAUCAAACACGGCGCCGACGUUCACUCCCUCAGCAAGUUCGACAAGACACCAUUCGACAUCGCAGUCGACAUCCAGAACACCGAGCUCAUGCUGCUGCUGCAGGAGGGCAUGCAGAGUGCGGUGAACUCUGGCGUCAGUGUGAACGUGGAUAACGGGUCUCAGCCUCAGUUCAUCAUCCAGGGCCUGCCGAGUCUUCAGGGGGUGAACCUGACCGAGCUGCUGAACAAGGCUAAUGCAGGGGAGACUGAGGAGGCGUUGGCGGCGUCUGCGCUCGACCCAAACGUCCAGCACGCUGUGGUGAACGAGAGCGGCCAGAGGGUCAUCACCAUAGUAACAGACCAACACGGGAAUUUGCAGACGGCCACGGGCGCCAUGACCCAGCCCUUCUUUGUCACCAUGCAGCACGGGCAGCAGAUGCUGGUUCCCGCCAAUACGGUGACGGAGGAGGUAGUCUCUGAGGAACCUCCCACAAGGAAACGCAAACUGGAACCAACACCAGAGCUCCCUGAGACGGAGCUGUUGCAGAGGCAGCUGCUGGAGGCCAACAGAAAAGCACAGGAGUAUCGGCAGCAGCUGAUGCGGAAGGAGCAGGAGGCAGAAGAAUACCGUAUCAAACUGGAGGCCAUGUCCCAGGCUAACUCCGGCGCUAACGAGGCCAACGGUGCUAGUGAAGCUAAUGCUAACGGCGAGCAGGACGAGGUGGAGGGUGAGGAGGAGGUGGUGGGGAUCAUCAUGACGGAGGACGGUGAUGGACAGGAGGUGACGCUGGUGACUGGGGACUGA